AUGCGAGAAGAUUCUACAAAUAGAUAUAAUGGUGAUGGAUCGUAUGAUACUGAGAGGUAUGAACAUGGAUUAUAUACAUCGUGGGAAAAAGCUAGAGAAGCUGCUUUGGGACUAGUAGAUGAAGAGUUUGAAGGUGAUAAAGAUGAUUAUGAGAGAUACGAGGUGUCGGAUGAAAAAGAGAAUGAGAAUUAUGAAUUGAAUGUGAGAGACAUGGAAGGUGAUGAGUACAAGAUAUGGAUUGAAAAGAAAGAGGUGAAAGGGAAAGCUCCAUCCGGACCGAAAGGUAAAGCCAAGGGAAGGGAGAAGCCACCAUCGAAACCUCAGGCAAAGGUGCAAGCGAAGAAGAAGGGAAACGAGUGA